AUGGAGAAUGAAUUAGCACAAUUAUCAAUAAAUGAGGAAGAAGAAGAAAUACUACAGAUUCAGACAGAUCCGGGUAAUCAAAGUGCAGUGGGGGAGUUUCAGCUUGUGGGAUGUUUUUUAACAGCAAGUGUUAUUCAUUUUCCAGCCAUGAAAAGCACUAUGGCAAAUCUGUGGCAUCCUGUUUAUGGGGUCCAAAUUCGAGAUCUGGGAGACAAAAGGUAUCUGUUUCAAUUUUAUCAUAAUUUGGAUAUGGAAAGGGUCCUAAAAGGUUUACCAUGGACAUUUAAUAACCAUCUGCUAUUAUUGAAUAAGCUAGGGAGAGGCGAAGACCCUCUGAAAGUACCGUUAAUUUUUACUCCUUUUUGGGUCCAAAUUCAUCAUGUCCCUAUUGGAUUAUUUUUUGAAAAGCUAGCAGUCCAACUAGGAAAUUUUUUAGAUGCUUUCCUGGAAUACGAUACUUUAAAUCUAGGAAAGGAAAAUCGUAACUAUAUGAGGGUAAGAGUACAGCUUGAUGUCAGGAAGCCCUUGAAAAGGAAGAAGCAGGUUUUAUGCAAUGGGGUUAGGUCGUAUGUCAUGUUUAAGUAUGAAAGGCUAUCACUUUUCUGCUUCUAUUGCGGAAGAUUGGGGCAUAAUGAUUCCUUCUGUGAGAUAAAAAUGAUGGCACGGGCAGAUACAGAAGAGUUGGGCUGGGAUUUAUCUUUACGAGCGCAAUCUCGAAGAGCUCUCUCUAUGAAUAGUAUAUGGCUGCGAGAAGAUGAAGUAGGGAAAGGGAUUGGAAGAUGGGGGGAGAAUCGAUCUGAUGAAUCAGGACAUAGGGAUGGAAGUACAGAAGCAAGAGGGGAAAGAUUAUUGACCCAAUUUUGGGGUUCAGUAUUGAGGGAGGGGUACAGUCUGCAGAUUGGUGAAAGAGCAAUUAUGGUUCGAGUCUGA